UCUUCUUACACCUCACACAAUAGGUAGCAUCGACCUGGUUUUCGCAGAAAAGACCCUAUUAUUUACGAUUGAAUUCAGUUUGUAGCAGACAAGUGAGAGCUGAAAAAUACGCUCUGAUUACUGUUCACAAAGACAAAGGUGACAGAUCGACUGUGUGGUAAAGAUUGGUUGGGUUUUUCAUUUAUAUUUUUAGCGACUUUUGAUCAAGAAAUCGAGUUUGUAUGUGAUGUAUCUGCAGAAGUGGAUGUUGUUUUUGUGGGCGUUGAGUUUGACGGAUUUUGUUAAGGUUAGGGGAAUUUUAGCCGAAGAUGAUGAUACUACUACGUUGGAUGAUGAUAUUUCGGCAGAGAAACCAUCGCGUCCAAAUGAUAAAUAUUCCAAUGACGCCUAUCCUUAUGUAGAAGACGGUUCGAAUGUAAAUAACAUUUACCAAGAAGAAAGGGAUAGGUUUAACUUCCGAUGUUCAGAAAGGCUUGAAAGUGCUCUCGAUCAUGUGCGAAGACGACAAAUCUCAAGACAGAAAACCCUUCCUCUUAAUGGUUACUCUCUUCAUCAGCAAUUGAGGACCGCUCCUUUGGAUAUGUACGUAACGAAUAUGAAGAUAAAGUUGCCGCCUUCAGGAGGUUGGGUAAGGGUGGAACGUUGUAGAUUCAACCCAAGAAAUUCUAGUCUCGAGACAAGACUUCUGUUUAAUGAUCUCACAAUAAUGGGCAAAGUUAAUUUAUUUAACGAAGAUGAAUUACAAAGAGAACCUAUAGCUCCACUACCCGAAGAUUCUUGUAACAUGAUAUUAAGGUUACGAAAAGCUGGAAUAGGAUUCCAUACAGAGCCAAUAAGAAGAGAAAAAGGACAGUUCAAUGUAAGAACUAACUCCCAUUUUGUAGAGCCCGGUUUUAUAUCAGUAUAUGCUUAUGGAUGCGAACCAAGACUUCGAGAGCAUAAGCGUCAAUUUAGAGACGAUAUAGAUGAUGAGCCAGAUGAAGGACUUUCAAAAGAAAUGGAAGAUAUUUUUCUUAAAGGCAUUAGGUCCCUUCUAACAUCAUAUAUGCAGAAGGAAUUGCAGCCAGCUAUAAAGGAGACGUUGAUGCGGAAUAUGGGAUAUACUGUAUCGUAUGGUUAAACUAUAUUAAUGUAUUUAUUUAUUUAGGUUAAGCUUUGUAUAUUAAAAAAUC